UGAAAAUAUAUGCUUCAAUUCUUAAGGAAGAAAACUGGUCAUUUUUUGUUUCAAAGUCGGGAAGAUCCAAAAUAAGUAAUAUUUUUGUCCUUUUUGCAUUUAAAUUUCUAAUUUUAUGUAUCAAAUUAAAACAUUUGUCAUUGAUAAAGAAUUGGAGAAAGUAUAGGUAUUAUUUGAUUUGCAAACAUACGUCGUUGGGUACUUGGAUAUUUGGAUUCACUUCCAUCAUAGCCAUUUUAUACUUUGCUCUCCUUUCUGUUUUUUUUUUUAAAUUUGGUUGAAUAAUCUAACAAGAAAAGAGACAAGAACCAUUUGUGGCACUAAUGCAUGCAUGAUCAGCAUGGGGAACUCCAUGGGUUCAACUCCUCCGCCUCCUCUCCAUUGUUCUUCUUCACCUUCUUGGCAUUUCAUCAAAUACCUUGCUGCUGGAUCUUCUUCACCCUCUGAAUAUCACACAAGACCAACAUGUACGCAGAUCUUUCUUGCCUCCUCCAUGGGAUUAAUCUUAGCAGCUGUUAUUCAUUUCCGUGUCAAGGAAAUCAGGGACCUGAAAAUCGUUCCAAGAAUUAAACUCUCUGAUUCCGGCCAAAUUCUCAAGCAUGAAAGGUUUCCUCAUUAUGUAGCUAGGCAAAUGGGAUUUGCAGAUAAGAGAGAAUGUCCAACCUUGUGCAAAUUAGCUUCUGAAUAUAUAAGAAAAGCAGAAGGGUGUGAAGAGGACAUAUAUAAUUUCUUUGCGACUGAACCGGGUGCGGAUUCUCUAUUCAUAAAGCUUGUGGAAGAGCUUGAAAGAUUAAUCCUUAGUUAUUUUGCUUUUCAUUGGAGCCAAGCUUCUAAUAUGAUCAGCCAGGUUUUAAAUGCUGCUGAUCAUACUGAGCCAAAGAAGAAGCUCAAGAACAUUGUAAUGGCAGCUACUAGAGAGCAGAGAUUUGAAAGGGUGACUAAGAAUCUGAAGGUUGCAAGAGUGUUUACAACCUUAGUGGAGGAGAUGAAAGCCAUAGGACUUGUUGGUGCCGAUGAAUCUCAAUGCACAGAUGUGAUGGUUCCCAUGGCUCACAAAGAUAGGAGCCCAGUCCUUCUCUUCAUGGGUGGUGGCAUGGGAGCUGGGAAAAGCACUGUGCUCAAGGACAUUCUAAAAGAACCAUUCUGGGUUGGAGCAGGUGGCAAUGCAGUUAUAAUAGAGGCAGAUGCCUUUAAAGAGUCAGACGUUAUCUACAAAGCCCUGAGCUCAAGGGGUCAUCAUGACAUGCUUCAAACAUCAGAAUUGGUACAUCAAUCAUCUACAGAUGCAGCAUCAUCUCUGCUUGUGACCGCGCUGAAUGAAGGAAGGGAUGUGAUCAUGGAUGGCACACUUUCUUGGAUACCAUUUGUGGUGCAGACAAUAACGAUGGCUAGAAAUGUUCAUCGGUGCCGUUAUAGGAUGGGCACUGGCUACAGAGUGGAAGAUGAUGGAACUGUGACUGAGAACUACUGGGAAAGGAUUGACGGGGAACCUUACCCUGUUGAUGGGGUUAAAAAGAGAAGAGCUUAUAGAAUAGAGUUGGUUGGAGUUGUUUGUGAUGCUUAUUUAGCUGUCAUUAGAGGAAUAAGGAGAGCUAUCAUGUGUAGACGAGCAGUGAGAGUAAAUUCACAACUGAAGUCCCACAAGAGGUUUGCAAAUGCAUUCACAACAUACUGCAACUUGGUGGAUAACGCUAGAUUGUAUAGCACAAAUACUCUUGAAGGCCCUCCCAAAUUGAUAGGAUGGAAGGACAGGGAUAAAACACUAUUGGUUGAUCCAGAUGAGAUAAAUGUGUUGAAAGUGGUGGGGAGGUUGAAUGAGGAUGCGGACUCCAUAUGUAACCUGUAUAACCACCCUCACCCAGCUUACCAGAGAGGUUCCUUCUGGAAAGACAUUGUGUUGUCACCUUCAAGAUUGAACAUUCAAAAGGAGCUCAAAUACUUCAUCACCAAAAUUGAGCAGUUUUACUCUACGCAUCAAGAUUAGUAUUGUAUAACAGAGAAUUGUUAUUUUGAUUCUUCAGUUGUUCCAGGUUGUGUAAUAUAGCUCUGAUUGUCAGGUGCUCUCCCUCAACUAUUUGAAAAUAGUGAUCCUUGGGGUCUCUCACAUCCAAGUGCAUCCUCACGCUCUAAAGUAUCCUCUAAAUAAUUGAGGUUGUUGUUUCAUGUUUGGCAGCAUUAGAUGAGGUACAUAUUUGGUCAUUUUAAAAAUAGAAUAGGAAUUGUAUUGUACUAAACUGAUGAUGAGACUGUAUUGUAGAAGCAGAAACACUUGAAGGAUCCAAAGAACAAUUUCCCUUGCUAUAGUGAUUGUAUCUACUAUGAGAUGAACAUUUUGAAUAGAUUUGUAGGGUUUUAGAUACUUCUAUAAUUAAUUCAUUAAUUCAUUUAUG